AUUUAUGAACUAGCAGACGAUAUCUGGCACUGUUUGCUUGAUAAUAUUCUGCUGAUAUAAUUCUUAAACGCAGCUCUUAAUAUAAAAAUUGUGGCAAAAAGAGAAUAGGUAGUAGAAAUUUAUAAAUCUAAAUUCUUUGGAUUAAGUUCCAAAGUUUUUAAGACAAAAAUGAAGGACAAAUCUUUAACAGCUGCGGGAGAAAACUGGUACAACAUUUUUAGACUGAAUUUUGUUUAUAUUUAGAAUUUCAGAUUUCUGAAGAUAUCCUGUAAGAAAUGAGCUCGGAGAAAAGAAGAAAAGCUCGAAUUCAAGGUGGUUGGAAUUCAAAACAUACAGAAAACUCCAACCAAAAAACAAAAGAUUUAAAUCCUCUCUGGUUAGCUAAGAAUGUCGAUGGAACUCAAAAGAGCAAAGAAAAAUUUGUAUUCCAAGAAGUGAACGAACCUAUUAAGCCCGAUGAUAUUGUUAAAACAAUAGAUAAACCUGGAGUUUAUGAUAUCAGUGAAGGACCAACUGGAUUGUCAAGAAUACGAUUUUUUCCUAACUUUAUUCCUAAGGAUCAAAGUGAGCAAUUAAUGGAGAGUUUAAAAUUUGAGCUGCAAUGGAGACAGGGAAGCGACAUAAAAAAUGGAGAAUCGUAUAUUCAACCGCGAUUGACAGCCUGGUAUGGUGAUCUGCCUUAUUCAUACAGUGGAUAUACCUUGAAAGCUAACACAGAGUGGAAUCCUCAUUUAUUAAAGCUAAAAGCUCAUUUGGAAGAUUCGACAGGCUUAGUGUUCAAUUCAGUCCUUGGUAACUUGUACAGAGAUGGGCAUGAUUCCGUUAGCUGGCAUUCGGAUGAUGAACCUUCACUUGGUCCUCAGCCAAAUAUAGCUUCAUUAUCUUUUGGCGAUACGAGAAUGUUUGAGAUGAGAAAGAAACCUAUUCCACCGAAUGAGGAUUAUCGAGAGUAUGUGAAAAUUCCACUUACGGCUGGGUCUCUAUUGAUAAUGGAAGGUUGUGUGCAGGAAGAUUGGCAGCACAGGAUUCCCAAGGAAUAUCACGACAGAGAUGCUCGUAUAAACUUGACAUUUAGAGUAAUUCUUCCCGAAUAG